AUGCCGAUUGUGACAGGUGAACCGCAGCGUGUGGAGGAUUCACAUGAGGCACUUGACCGAGGCGCGAGGUCCCGGUCACGUGAGCCCUCCACGCACAACUCUUCCUCACCACCUCGAGCAAUCACUAGGCGCGAGGCACGGCCGGCACACAUGAUUCUCUGCUACCCUAAGCCUUCGAUCCGGACGGUCGCAGCCUUGGGUGGCCCGGCCGAUACCCCUAGGCCGCCUGAGGCAGCCCCGGGUCCCCCCACUCGCACCGCGCCGAGAACCGACGCUGAGAAUCGGGGCCAGGCGGCCUUGGACGCGCUAGCACUUGGAUAUGACGUCCAGCUCCCCGACUGCUCGUUUGCGCUUCUUCCGCGCACAAGUGUCAGCGAACAGGCACUUGCUUCUUUCGUCUCAACUGGAAUUCAGCAAGCUGAACAACUACCUCGGAGUACUAGUUUCGCUGACCAGCACAGACAUGCAGCUUCUACUUCUAAGCAACAUCGCAAUCGUGGUUCGGAUGUUGCCGAAAAGAAGCGGUUUGCCCGACAAGUGCGGUCGCCGGUCGCAGACGCCCGCCGUACGAAUCUAAAUGAAGAUUGGAUAAUGAAUCAUUCCAUUUCUGAAUCCUCGGUCGCUCCUACCCCAGAUUCAUCAUCUCGGGCAUCCACCUCUUAUCGACCCAACAUAUCCCAAUACGUUCUCGAUAGUCCUCACCGCUCAAAGAUCAGACGAUUCGGCCUACCGAGACACCGAGACAACUCCGGGAUGAAUCUGGUUUCGUCUCAUCCUCCGAGAAGUAUGGCCGAUGUUUCAUAUCAGUCUUCGCCUGUUCGACGUCACUCGAUGAUUAUUCAUCAAACUCCGUCCGCUCGACCCCAGAGUCAGAACAAUCCUAUCACUUAA